UUACAAAAUGCUCUCACUUCACUUGCAAUGUACUCCACCAUCUACAUCUCUCCAAGAAUCCCCUCUCCAACCUUUGUGAUUGAUCGCCACCCUCCAACUAUCGCCAUUCUUUAACUCAUCCCAAAUCUUCCCACAACAGCAAAACACUCUUCUUUGAUUCACAUCUUUCAUAUGCAUCAUCAUCCCGUUCCCACCUCCAUUCCCAACUUAGAUACCUCAAAACCCAAGCACUGAUCAAGAGAAUUAAUGUUGGAGACGCUGACGCCCACCAAUGGCCACCACCACCGCCGUUGGGUGCCCUCCACCAUCACUUUCUUGUCCACCCACAAGACCCUCUUGAUAGCUUUCUGGAUGGUCUUCUUCUUCACCGUCUUUUACUCGCAGCGGGAUGCUUCCCCACGCGGGCUCUUGAUUUUCCGGCGGGCAUUUCCUCCGCCGAGGCAGCUGCCUAAGCUCCGGCCCGUGGCGUUUAACUUAACCGACUUUGGAGGGGUGGGUGAUGGGGUGACUCUCAACACGGCGGCGUUUGAGAGGGCGGUGACGGCGAUAUCGAAGCUCCGGAAAAAGGGUGGCGGGCAGCUUAAUGUGCCGCCGGGGUAUUGGCUCACGGCGCCCUUCAAUCUCACUAGUCAUAUGACUCUGUUUCUUGCUGAAGGUGCUGUUAUUCUUGGCAUUGACGAUGAGAAGUAUUGGCCUCUGAUGCCUCCAUUGCCUUCUUAUGGAUACGGGAGAGAGCGUCCAGGACCACGAUAUGGUAGUUUAAUCCAUGGACAAAAUCUCAAAGAUGUUGUAAUUACAGGGCAUAAUGGCACCAUUAAUGGGCAGGGUCAAACAUGGUGGAAAAAGUAUCGGCAGAAGCUUCUUAACCACACCAGAGGACCACUUGUGCAGAUUAUGUGGUCUAGUGACAUUGUGAUAUCUAACAUAACAUUACGUAAUUCUCCUUUUUGGACUGUUCAUCCGUACGACUGCAAGAAUGUGACAAUGAAGAAUCUAACCAUCCUGGCACCGAUCUUUGAUGCUCCAAACACUGAUGGCAUCGAUCCUGAUUCGUGUGAGGAUAUGGUGAUUGAGGACUGUUACAUAAGCGUUGGAGAUGAUGGUGUUGCGAUAAAAAGUGGUUGGGAUCAGUAUGGGAUCACUUAUGGAAAGCCGUCAAAGAACAUACUCAUCAGAAACCUCAUUGUACGCUCCAAUGUGAGUGCGGGCGUAUCAAUAGGCAGCGAGAUGUCUGGUGGUGUAUCAAACGUCAUCGUGGAGAACAUCCAUGUAUGGAACUCAAGACGCGCUGUUCGGAUCAAAACUGCACCCGGCAGAGGAGGAUUUGUCCAAAACAUAACAUACCGCAAUCUGACAUUUGACAAUGUUCGUGUGGGGAUCGUGAUCAAGACAGAUUACAACGAACAUCCAGACGAGGGGUUCGACCCAAAGGCUGCUCCAAUACUGGAGAACAUAAGCUACAGUACAGUACACGGAGAAGGUGUGCGUGUGCCAGUUCGUAUUCACGGGAGCGAAGAGAUUCCUCUAAGAAACAUCACUUUCCGGGACAUGUCGAUCGGGAUAACAUACAAAAAGAAGCACAUAUUCCAGUGCGCUUUCGUUCAAGGUCGUGUCAUCGGUUCCAUUUUCCCAGCUCCAUGCGACAACCUUGAUCUGUACGACGAACAAGGGCGCUUGGUCAGACGAUCAACCUCCCAAAACAUAUCGGACAUAGAUUAUGACUUCUAAAUCCAUUACAGUUUAUUCCCAUAACAGUUGCAAAGAACAGGGGAUCACAUGCUUCUUGAUCAUUCUUUUUCAAGAACCCUCUUCUUUCCUUCAUGUUCCUCUAUUCUUGUCUGUACAUACAACAGUUACAUGCAUUAAUACAGAGUUGAUACAUUUGAUGAGCACACGACGCAGACCAGUAUGUUGUUGAGGAAAUUCAGACAGUUCGAAUAAUUCAGACAGAUAAUUAAUAGGAUGGCCAGGUGCAAGUAACCAAUCAUUUUCACAGCAACUUUCCCUCAUAUUUAAUCAUAACUCUUUCAUGUACGUUGUUGCAAUAAUUGAGUUGAUGUAUGCAGCUGAUGCAAGUAUCAAACAUGUUUAAAAAAAACCAUGAA